AAACCGGAAGUAGCUUGUCACCGUCUCUCGGAGCAAUUCCGGUGAGUCCGGGGCUGGCUUCCCACCUGGCUGAAGAAGCUGCUUCUGCAAAGUCGGGUGCGAGCCUUUGAGCGAGGCUCCUCAUCUUGCAGAUGACUGUCCACAACCUGUACCUAUUUGACCGGAAUGGAGUGUGCCUACACUACAGCGAGUGGCACCGCAAGAAGCAAGCGGGGAUCCCUAAGGAAGAGGAGUACAAGCUGAUGUACGGGAUGCUUUUCUCCAUCCGCUCGUUUGUCAGCAAGAUGUCCCCGCUAGACAUGAAGGAUGGCUUUCUGUCUUUCCAAACCAGCCGUUACAAACUGCACUACUAUGAGACGCCCACUGGGAUCAAGGUUGUCAUGAACACUGACCUGGGCGUGGGCCCCAUCCGAGAUGUGCUGCACCACAUCUACAGUGCGCUGUAUGUGGAGCUGGUCGUGAAGAACCCCCUGUGCCCGCUGGGACAGACUGUGCAAAGUGAGCUCUUUCGCUCCCGGCUAGACUCCUAUGUCCGAUCGCUGCCCUUCUUCUCUGCCCGAGCUGGCUGAAACACUUACCUCACCCCUCCCAAGAACCUGUGACUGCCUGGGCCCAGCCUGUCUCCCCUGGGAGCUUCAACCUGAAGGCCUUCAGGCCACAAGAAGGAAGCUCACAGGGGUUCUUGCCAGCUUUACUCCCUGCUUGACUCUGAGAAACACAGAAUAAACUUUGUCACCCUCUGC